CCGCCUCCCGGUACUUUACUGCUGGGUCUGGUCGACUGCAGGAAAACACCGGGGCAGAGUGGAACUGAGAGAGGAGAAGAGGAACAUGGAGAUUUGAUUUCAUUAAGUAAGAAGCAUGGGGACAGCCCUAAUCGUUGCUCUCUCAGUGGGAGGGGCUUUUCAUCUGGGAAACCUCAACAACAUCAUGAUGCUGACAAGAAAGAGAAGAGUCUCUCCAGAUCAGAACACCUCAAGAAACACCAGCAGAGACGUAUAGGGAAGAAACCUCACCACUGCUGUUCUGACUGUGGGAAGAGUUUUGCUAAUCAUAAGGAAUUUAUCAUUCACAAGCAGAUUCACAAUGGAGAGAAACCUUACCACUGCUCUCGGUGUGGGAAGAGUUUAGCUGCAUCUAAAACCUUAAAAUAUCAUCAGAGAAUUCAUACAGGAGAGAGGCCAUACACCUGCUUUGAUUGUGGGAAAUACUUCAAUCAAUCAGGAGCCCAUACUACACACAAACAUAUACACACAGGAGACAAACCUUAUAGCUGUGAUCAGUGUGGGAAGAGCUUCAAUCAUUCAGCAGCCCUGAUUACACACCAACGCAUACACACAGGAGAGAAGCCUUAUAGCUGUGAUCAGUGUGGGAACACCUUUGCGCUAUCCGUAAACCUGACUACACACCAGCGAAUACACACAGGAGAGAAGCCUUAUAGCUGUGAUCAGUGUGGGAAGUGCUUCAAUCAAUCAGGAGACCUGACUAGACACCAACGCAUACACACAGGAGAGAAGCCUUAUUGCUGUGAUCAGUGUGGGAAGAGCUUCAAUCAAUCAGCACACCUAACUACACACCAACGCAUACACACAGGAGAGAAGCCUUAUAGCUGUGAUCAGUGUGGGAAGAGCUUCAGUCGAUCAGGAGACCUGACUACACACCAACACAUACACACAGGAGAGAAGCCUUAUAGCUGUGAUCAGUGUGGGAAGAGCUUCAGUCGAUCAGGACACCUGACUACACACCAACGCAUACACACAGGAGAGAAGCCUUAUAGCUGUGAUCAGUGUGGGAAGAGUUUUGCUCAAGAUUUCGCCCUGACUACACACCAGCGAAUACACAGAGGGGAGAAGCCUUAUAGCUGUGAUCAGUGUGGGAAGAAUUUCAGGACGUCAGGACACCUGACUACACACCAACGCAUACACACAGGAGAGAAGCCUUAUAGCUGUGAUCAGUGUGGGAAGCUUUUCAGGAAGUCAGGAUCCCUGAUUACACACCAACGCAUACACACAGGAGAGAAGCCUUAUAGCUGUGAUGAGUGUGGGAAGAGCUUCAAUCAUUCAGGAUCCCUAAUUACACACCAAGGCAUACACACAGGAGAGAAGCCUUAUAGCUGUGAUCAGUGUGGGAAGCGCUUCAAUCAUUCAGGAUCUGUGAUUACACACCAGCGGAUACACACAGGAGAGAAGCCUUAUAGCUGUUAUCAGUGUGGGAAGAGCUUCAAUCAUUCAGGAUCCCUGACUAAACACCAACGCAUACACACAGGAGAGAAGCCUUAUAGCUGUGAUCAGUGUGGGAAGAGCUUCAGUCGAUCAGGAGACCUGACUACACACCAGCGCAUACACACAGGAGAGAAGCCUUAUAGCUGUGAUCAGUGUGGGAAGAGCUUCAAUCAAUCAGGACACCUGACUAUACACCAACGCAUACACACAGGAGAGAAGCCUUAUAGCUGUGAUCAGUGUGGAAAGGGCUUCAAUCAUUCAGGACACCUGACUAUACAUCAACGCAUACAUACAGGAGAGAAGCUUUAUAGCUGUGAUCAGUGUGGGAAGAGCUUCAAUCAAUCAGUUGACCUGACUAGACACCAGCGCAUACACACAGGAGAGAAGCCUUAUAGCUGUGAUCAGUGUGGGAAGAGCUUCAAUCAAUCAGGACACCUGACUAUACACCAACACACACACACAGGAGAGAAGCCUUAUAGCUGUGAUCAGUGUGGGAAGAGUUUUGCUCUAGAUUUCACCCUGACUACACACCAACGAAUACACACUGGAGAGAAACCUUACUCCUGUCUAUGUGGAAAGAGUUUUGCUCAUUCAGGGUCACUGAAAAAACACCAGAAAGCACAAACAUGUUGUCUUUUAUUUCCCUCCUCUCCAUCACCGGUUCCAGAUCCCUAAAUAAAGUUUCAAUAGAAAAUAUCUUGGAAAGAGUCAUCUAACUCCUAUUCUCUAAGGGUUUACUAAGUCUGAUUAACAUGUAGCAUAAUAUGCAACUCUGGAUGCUGUGUGUGUGAUGGGGUGGGGGUGUUCAGGGCUCUAUCUUAUUUCAUUAACUCCUAUUAUCCAUGAAAUAAUGUUAUAAUGUUUUUACAAUACUAGGUGUGUAUUCAUGUAUUCAAUAGAUCAAUAAAUUAAAUCCAUUAUCUGCUCAACAACGUCUGCUUAUCACAUUAUUAAAAUAUUUAAUAAACAAUCUAUUUUAUGAGGAGCAUAGGCCUCUUGUAUAAUUUGUUUUGUCCUAAAAGAUGUUCACAUAUUUAUUGUAAAUCCUGUUGUGGAGACAUUACAAGAUUGUUAUCAUACUGUUUAUGCAUCGAAUGGUUGUUUUAUGCAAUAGAAUAGGGUUCUUGGAACUAUUUCAUCUGUGUGUGAACUCAGUUGAGCCUCUGAAGCUUGGGCUGGCAACUGAUUAAAUGAUGACUAGGUGAUAAAACCAACAUCCACAUUCCAUUCUAUUAUUAGUGGUGUAUGACAGGGAGAUGUCUCCAGUCUGGCUGAGCCUGCAUUUAAUAGACUGAAUUGGUGUCUGUGUGUGUAAGGUACCAGGGACGAGAUCUGUUAUGAAUAGCUGAUAAGAAGAACCUCGUCUUGGAGGCCAAACUCUGGGUUUCGUACAAUAGCAGACAGUAUCUGCUGUGAAGACUUCUCGUUGUAUGGAAACAAGGGUUUGGCCUCCAAGACGAGGUUCUUCUU